GACCUUUUUUUUUUUCCUAUUUGGCAAUGUCAUCUACUAUAGCUAACGAUCGAUACAACGCCAACGCUCCCAAUAAAUUCCCUUCACAACCUAUCUAAUCUCCCCUCGCUUAGGCCUUAAAUACACUCACUCUCUCCUUCAUCAUCUUCCAUCCCUCUCUGUCUUCUCUCGUUUUCAUGUUCCUCACAUCCAUGGCUCCUAAGGUCGCCUCCGCCAUCGUCAUCUCCCUCGCCAUCCUGUUGUGCUGCUUCGCCAGCUCAGGCGACGGCGCGCCGAGCUCGGGGCCCCCGGAUCUCCUGCAGAGCGAGUGCCUGACGGUGCCGUCCUCCCAGUUCUUGAGCUCCCUCAGGUCCACCGUCGAGGUGCUCCGGCAGGUCACCGGCAUUGUGUCCCAGUUCGGCACCGUGUUCGGGGACUUCAGGCUCUCCAACGCCGUCUCCGACUGCCUCGACUUGCUGGACUUCUCCGUCGACGAGCUGAGCUGGUCCAUCUCCGCCGCUCAGAACCCAUCUGGCAAACACGACAGUACUGGGGAUCUCAGUUCUGACUUGAGGACAUGGCUCAGUGCUGCACUUGCAAACCAGGAGACAUGCAGAGAUGGCUUUGAGGGCACCAGUGGCAUUGUCAAGAGCGUUGUCUCCGGCAGUCUCAACCAAAUUACUUCACUUGUCACAGAACUCCUCACCAUGGUCCACCCAUCUUCUUCCAACUCCACCACCAGCAGAGGAGGCGGCGGCAGAGGUGGCAAGGGCCCGGGACGGAAGCUCUCCGGCGACAGCCCCCGGUUUCCUCGUUGGGUGAAAAGCGAGGACCGGAAGCUGUUGCAAGUGAGCGGGGUCACAGCAGAUCUAGUGGUGGCACAGGACGGAAGCGGCAGUUUCACCAAGGUGGAGGACGCGAUCGCAGCCGUGCCCGAUUACGGGACGCGCCGGUUCGUGAUCUAUGUGAAGAAGGGCGUGUAUAGGGAAAACGUGGAGAUCAAGAAGAAGAAGUGGAACAUUAUGAUGGUUGGCGACGGGAUGGAUGCAACGGUGAUUUCGGGGAAUCGGAGCUUCGUCGACGGCUGGACCACAUUCCGGACAGCAACAUUUGCCGUCAGCGGCAGAGGGUUCAUAGCCCGUGACAUGGCGUUCGAGAACGCGGCGGGCCCACAGAAGCACCAGGCCGUGGCCCUCCGGUCGGACUCCGAUCUGUCCGUCUACUACCGGUGCACAAUCAGGGGUUACCAGGACACGCUCUACCCCCACACGAUGCGUCAGUUCUACCGUGAGUGCCGCAUCAGCGGGACCGUCGACUUCAUCUUCGGGGACGCGGUGGCUGUGUUCCAGAACUGCCAGAUCCUGGCCAAGAAGGGCCUCCCCCAGCAGAAGAACACCGUCACGGCCCAGGGCCGGAGGGACCUGAACCAGGACACGGGCUUCUCAUUCCAGUUCUGCAACGUCUCGGCCGACUCCGAUCUGGCGCCAUCCGUGAAUUCGACGCCAACGUACUUAGGGAGGCCAUGGAAGCUAUACUCAAGGACCAUAUUCAUGCAGUCUUAUAUGAGCAAUUGCAUCAGGCCAGAAGGAUGGCUAGAGUGGAAUGGUGAGUUUGCCUUGGACACCUUGUACUACGGGGAGUUCAUGAAUUCCGGGCCGGGCGCCGGCCUCACCGGGCGGGUCAAGUGGCCUGGGUUUCACGUGUUGAACAACACGGCGCAGGCAAAUAACUUCACCGUGGCCCAAUUCAUCGAAGGGAACUCCUGGUUGCCGUCAACCGGUGUGGCCUACACGGCUGGCCUCGGGGUUUAAAGGCUGAUCUACAUACAAAUCUAUUAAUAUGACGAUGUUGUUAUAUUUUGUGUACUUACAAAUUUGAUUCUUUCUUUCGCUAAACAUGAUUAAAGGGUAUAAAUGAUGGUUAUCACA